AUGGGUGCGAGCUGUUCUUUCAUGUUUGUUGAAAAAGGAGAGCAAGGAGUAAAGCAUCCAUUUAGCCCUGUUGAAGACAGGACACUGACUAUACAGACCGGGCAUGAGGGCAUGUCCUCCGAUGGGGUGGAGUUUACAAGACAGGAUGGCCCACCUGCAAACCCUCGUCCGAAGCGGGAACGCAAACACAGGUCGUACACACUCUGUGAAGUGUGCAACAUUCAGCUGAACUCCAAAGCACAAGCACAGAUACACUACAAUGGCAAAACACACCAGAAAAGACUCAAACACAUAAAAAACAACAACACAGGUACGACUGCCCAGGGGAGCCCCCUGCUGGCCUCAUUACCAAUGCAGGGUCGCGCACUGCAGACACCUCUGGACUUGAAACACUUCCUGCCCUUCCGGCUCAGUGGCUCCUCCCCCCUCAACCUCUUCCCAAACUUCAACACUAUGGACCCGGUGCAGAAGGCAGUGAUAAACCACACAUUUGGUGUUCCUCAGUCACUGAAGAAAAAACAGAUCAUCUCAUGCAAUAUCUGCCACCUGCGAUUCAACUCCACGAAUCAGGCAGAAGCCCAUUAUAAAGGCCAUAAACACACUCGUAAACUGAAGGCUUUAGAGGCUCAGAAGAACAAACAGCAGAGACGACAACUCGACAAUGCACAACACAACAGAGUCCGAGAGAAGGACAGAGAAAGGGACAGGGAGAGGGAAGGGGACAGAGUGAAAACAAGCGCUCCAGAUCCACUUCCUGCCCUACUGGAUGACAGCCCCUUGGAGGGAACUGCUGUCUGUGACUCAGACUCUGUCAUGAGGGUGGAUGAUGCUCACUCCAGUUCGUUGGUCUUGACACCCAUAUCGGAGGUAUCAUCUGCAGACCUGUCUGUCUCCUCCCCUCACUCCCAGCAUCCAGACACCGCACUGGAGCCCACCGGUGAUGCCAGUGAGACAGGCGCUCAACGGGACAGCCCUACAGGGGACACACAGGUAGAGAAGGACCCCAAGAAGAUCAAGCAACAUCUGCACUGCCCCAUCUGCAAAGUUACCGUCAACUCCACCAAUCAGAUGGAGGCUCACAAUAGUGGCACCAAACACAAACUAAUGUUGGAGGGACAGAGUGUGCUGCCACGACGACGAGGGAAAGCAAUGUCAUCUCGCCCCUCAUGUAAAAGCAAGCGAUUGGCCAACAAGGGAAGUGUAGGCGUGCCCAGCAAGAGCUUCUACUGUGAAGUUUGCGAGAUCCAUGUCAACUCUGAAACUCAGCUCAGCCAGCACAUGAUCAGUCGACGGCAUAAGGAUAGACUGGCUGGAAAGCCCCCCAAGCCCAAAUUCAACCCUCAUGCCAAAAGCCAGCCUACCUCAUCAGCAUCGGGCAUCAGAUGGAACAGUUAUGCAAGUGGUGCUGUGUCUGCAAUGAAGAAAGUUAUCAACCAAUGCAAUUUCUCCUCUCUUUCCUCACAGACUAAGCUGGUUCUACAGAAGCAUCUGACUAAAAAUUUGACCGCCAGCUUUCUUCACACCCCCAUGACUCCACCCACCCUCUGCACUGUUACAGCCAAUCCGCUCACACUCCGUCACCCAGCAGGCACUACUUUUUUUCAGACACCAAUCCUCGGUCCUGCCCUAUUUCGGCCAGCGCCCGGACCUCUGAGAGCCACGCACACCCCCAUAAUUUUUUCACCCUAUUGA